AUGUAACAAUUUUAAUCUAGUUGGAUAUUUGAUUAAAUUGUUGAAUAGCUAAUACAAAUUAAAAAACCUGAUCCAGAAACUGUUUUCUCAGAUGAUUUUUAUUCGAUGUUUGUCUUUUUGCUAUCAAAGGACUCUCUAUUUAAAAAGCAUGAAUUCUACCUUUUUUGUUAGAAUUUAGCUAAUAAAUUUUUAAAAAUUGAAGAUAUAGAAUGGGGAAUAAUUUAGUACUAUGUGAAGAACGAAGCACUUUAUACAAGAUUUUUAUAGGUAUUUAGUGUAGAAGCAAUAAGAUUUAGCAAAAAGCAAAAACAAAUCUUACAAAAAGCAUCUGAAAAAGUAUAUAAAGUAGAACAAUUUUUAAAUAUAUUGACAAAAAUAUUUUAAGUGCAAACAAACAAUCAUAUCAUUUAAAAAUGCUAUAAUCUUAACAAAACUUAUAAUAAAACAAGUUGGUCUAAGAUUUCUCAAAAUAAAGAUUUAGAAGAACUAGACAACUAUCAAGAUAUUAUUCAGAUUUCACAUUAAUUAUAUAAUUCAACAAUUUUUAAAAGUAUAGCACGUCAAUUUUCUUAAAAGAAUUAAAUAGAUGAAGUUUAUUAAACUAUUAAAUAGCAAAUCAUGCCUCUGAUAUUUUAUACGGCUAAACAAGUUAGUACUGGAACAGGAUUGGAUUUCUCUUCAAAAAUCUCUAACUAAAGCAUUUUAAAUAAUUAAUAUAUAUCUUAAAAAAUCAUUUAAGAACAACCUAUUGUGUAGAACUACCUUUACAUUUUAGAGAAAUAUAUUAUCGAAAUUAAUUAAGAAGAAGAGUAAGAAAUGAUGCACUUGAAUGAAAUUUUAGAAUUCAUCUUUUCAGAUACAAAAUUUAAUUAAUAUAUUGAUUAAAGUUUAGUAACAUAAUUCAUGAAAAAUUCUAGAGAUAUUUAUAGAUAGGUAUAAAUAACAUAACAAAUUAUGCAUAUUUCUAAUAGCGUACAAGUAGACUUACCAGAUUAGUUAGUGGAAGUGUUUAAGAAACUUAGUAAAUUAUAAUCAGAUCACGAAAACACUUAUUAGAAUAUGAUGGAUUUUUACAAUUAGAAUUUAACAAAAUUUUCAUACAUUUAUGAGAAUGUGGAAGAUAUUUAAUUAAGAUUAAUUCCCGUUUUGAAAAACUAUUCCAAUAUUUUAAAUAAAUGGAAUGAUUAGAUAUUAAAUGAUUUAAAGCAGAGUGAUGAAUAGGAUAUAGCUGAGUAAAUUAAUUGGCUAAUUGGCAUUAAAAAAAAACUCAUUGAUUAUAGAGCAUAUGAAUAUGUUUAAUUACUUGAUAAAGAAAAAAGUUUAACCAACUUAUUAAAUUAAGUAUCUAACAUUGUUAAAUGUAUUUAAUAAGAUCAAGCACUAACUAAAUAAAUAGAAGGAGUUAGUAUCUCUUUUCAAAGAAUCAAAGAUUAUUUAGAUGAGCAGCAAGGUGGUUAGAGCUCUAUUAGUGUGAUGAAUAAAUUUUUAGAACUAGGGACAAUUAUCAUAACUUUUUAGGACAUUUAAGGCAGGAUGUAGGAAGAGAUUGUCUUUUAAAUAGAGGAGCCUUUGUAAGAGUAAUAAUAACCCCAGUAAAUGCAAAUUGCUAAUUAAUAAUAAGGAUAGAACUAAAAUAGCUCAUAUUAAAAGAAAACUAUUAUAAAAAGGUUUGAUAUGGAUGAAAUAUACUCAAUUUAAUCAAGGUUAAAUUUGUAAGUUUAAAAUAACUAAGAUGAUGCUAAAAAUUUGAGUAUCAUAGAAAGAAAAUAAUACUUUGAUAUCCUUGUUAAAUAUAGCUAACACAUAGCAUAAACUAUUAUCUAUCUAGAUGAAGAAGGUAGUUUAGAAGAAUAAAUAUAAUAAAUUACUGUUCAAAUUUAAAAUAAUCUACCUUAGAAAAUAAUUCAAGAUUUAUAAGAAGUGAUUAAUAUUUAUGAAGGUAAGAUAUAAUAAUGGCAUUAAACUCUUUUAAAUAUGAAUAGUAAGUAUCCUGUUCUUUAACUUAUACCUUAGCACUUAUUAAGAAAAUUUAGCUACUAUAUAUUUAAAAAAUAUAUGGAAUUUGUGUAUCAAAAUGAAUCAACUGAAGUAAAUAAUAGAUAGCCUCCUUUAUAAAUUAAGGAAUCAAUAAGAAUAUAAAAGAUUUAAUUUGACUUAAAAAAUUUAAUGGUAGAAAGCAACUGUCAAAAUUAUUUGCAAAUGAUAUUUAUCAAUCCUAGUACAAUUAACUAUAAAGCAUAUGAAAACGAGUUAACUAUAUUUAGUGAUCCAAAUUCUGAAGCAUAAAUAAGAAUAGAACUAAUUGCUAAGAUUCUUUAAGAUGCUUUCAAGAAUAAUAAUCACAUUUAAUUGAACAAAAAUAAUAAUGAACCCUUAUAGAUUUGUAGAAAAUAGGUCAAAGACUAUUAAGACUGUAUUAAAUUUUUGUUGAGAUUUCCUUCAAUUUCAGCUUAUUAAGUACUUAUUUGUAACUCAGAUACAAACUUUUAAGAUAUUUCUUGUUUCUUCUUAAGAGCGACUAAAUUUCAAAUUAUUUAAAAGUAAUAAAUUCACUAUGAAAAAUACUUUUUAUGUAACUUUGAUCAACUUAAUUACAUUUCACAAGAUCAAAGAGAUAAGUAAUAACUUUAAAGUAUAGUCAAUUACUAAAUUAUUAAUGAUUCAUGGUAAGAUUUUCUUUAAAUAAAUCACGAUGAUGAUGUAUACUAAGAUAAGGUCUCAGUGAAUAAAGAAAAUAUAUAUAUAUAUACUUCAAAAAGAGCAGGUGAGGGAAAGACUUACCAGAUUUAGCAAUAGAUUCUAAGUAAAACAAAUAAAAACUAAUAUAUAAGAAUCCCUUUGCACUAAUUUGAAAAUCUUGAUUAGUUCAUAUCUAAUAUCAUAAAAAAUUCACCUAAUAAUGAACUUUAAAAAUACUAUCAUUUAGAUGUAUGCUAUGACGAAACUGAUGAGGUAAGCUUGCUUCUUUACCAAAUACUUAUGCUAAAUUGCGUUUCCGCAUAAGUAUAGGAUUAAACUAUAUUUGAAAAUUAAAUAGAUGAAAAAACAAAUUUCAAAGACUUGCAAUUGAAGGAAUUACAAAAUUUAAUCUGUAAAAAAUACUAAAAACUCAAUUUUAAAAUAGAUUUGGACCCUCAGGAUAAUGAAAUCAGAGAAAAAAAUAAAAUGAAAAAGUACAACAAUUUAGACAAAGACAUUUUAGCAUUGAAAGUUGAUGAUUUUAUUAUUGUUACAUAAGUUUAAAAUCAGACAACAUAUUAAAUGUAACAAAUCAUAUAAUUUUUGCAGUAAUAUAUUUAGAUUUACAAUACAUUUAAGCAAAAAUAAGAUUAGAGUAAAUAUGAGUUGUAAAUCCCAGAUUUUUCAUAGAAUUAAUAAGAUAGCCUUGCUUAGAUAGUAGUUAAUAUUGUUUGUGAGUAGCCAGGAGAGUUUUUCAAUCUUGUAACGAAAAAAAAUAAUGAAAAUUUAUAAAAAAUACUUUCCAAUUUUGUUUUUUCUCCUGAUAAUGCUUUUAAAAUGGUACUGAUAGCUUUUAGAAUUUAAGCUAGGCUUCCUGUUAUUAUAAUGGGUGAAACUGGAAUAGGAAAAACUUAAUGCAUCAAAAUACUCUCUGAGCUUUUGAAAUACGAAUUUCGAAUUAUAGAAAUAGAUUCUGGCUUACAUGUAGAUAAGAUAGUAAAUGCAAUACUAAUGUAUUAAAAUGAUUAGUAAUGGGAUAAUUAGAAGGUUUUAAUAUUUUUAGAUGAAGUAAAUACUACUUACUGUGUUAAUGGAAUCAUCAAAGAAAUAAUCAUUGAUAGAUACAUUAAUGGCGUGAAAAUUAAGGAUAAUAUAGUAUUUGUAGCAGCCUGUAAUCCUUACUAAUACAAAAAAUUCAAAGUAGAAUAAGAUGACCUCUAAGCAAAUAAUCUACUUUUAUAGUAAUCGCAAAAUAAAAAAUCUUAUGAGUUAGAAUAUAAAGUGAAACCUCUUAGGGAAAGCUUUUCAUAUUGUAUCAUCAAUUUUAAAAGUUUAGAAGAGGAAUAGGAGCUAUUGUAUAUUGAAAAUUUGAUAAAAAUGUAUUAACAUAAAAAUGAAAAAUGCAAUAUUAGCGAAAAAGAAGUAGAAUAAUUAAAAAUAUUACUAUUCUAAUCAUAGUUAUUUAUCCGUAAAGAAUCGUGUGAAAGAAGUGUGAGUUUAAGAGACGUGAACAGAUUUUUAAUUUUAUAUUUUUAUUUCUAAUAGAAAUAUUUCAGAAUUAAAUUAGAUAACGAAAAUAGUAAUUAUGAUCAAAAUGCAGUUAUGAGUGAAGUAAAACAAAAAUCUGUCAUAUUAGCCCUAUACAUGGUUUACUAUUUGAGAUUGUAAAUCUAAGUUAAAAGAGAGUUAUACUUAAAGUUUUAUGAAUAUCUUGUUAACUAAAACUAAUGGCCAAAUAUUAAAUUUAAAUAAACUGUUGAUGAAGAAUUAAAGUGGUUAACUGAUUAAUGCGGUAUUUAAUCGCAAUACAUAGCAAAAAAUAAUGCUUUGUAAGAAAAUAUUUUCUGUAUCAUCAUAUGCUUACUAAAUAAAAUACCUCUAAUAAUAACAGGCGAGCCUGGUACUUCUAAAACUCUAAGCUUUUCUAUUGCUCUUAACUGCUUAAAAGGAAAUUCUUAAAGCAAAUUUUUUACUUCUCAACCUACCAUUAAAGAAUUUUAUUAUUAAGGUAAUCCUCAAACUACUUCAAAACACAUUGAAGACGUAUUUAACUAAGCAAGGAAAUAUCAGGCUUCCAUGAAAUCUAACUUUAAAGUGAUACCACUAGUGGUUAUUGAUGAAAUUGGAUAAGGAGAAGCAAACAAAAAUAAUCCUAAUAAAAUACUUCAUUAUCAGUUGGAAAACUGUGAUGUAGCUUUUUUGGCUAUAUCUAAUGUUGAUUUAGAUGUGUCUAAUAUGAAUAGAUGUCUACAUUUAUAUAGGUAGAAAUUCACAGAAUAGGACUUAAAAGAUUUUAUUGUCGAGAUCAUGAAAGGAUUCAAUAAUUUCCCAAAAGAGAUUGAAGAAUUAAUAUUAUAAAUCGCCCAAAUCUAUCAUAAAUUUUAAUAAGGAUAAAAAACCUAAAAACAUGGAACUCGAGAUUUUUAUUAUACAGUUAAAUAUACUUGUCACAAACUAAAUAUUUUAAUAGAAUCAAACACCUAAAUUACUAAAUAAGAAGCAUAGAAAUUCAUAGCAAAAGCUUUCUACAAAAAUUUUGGAGGUGAUAUUUCAAACUAGUAGAUCAUUAUGAAUUUGGUUAAAGAAACUUACUAGUUAGACAAUGAAAUAUUGUAAAUCAGUUAAGCUGAUUUAAUAAGAGAAAGCAUAAAUUCAAUAAACAAUGGUGAUUUUUAUCAUUCAAGAUUUUUAAUGCUUGUAACAAAGGAUCCUAUUUGUUGCACUAAUUAUGUUCAAUCUUUAUUUAAAUAGGAAAAUAAAAAGAGUGAAGUGUUUAUGGGAUCACAUUUUAGAGAUGAUCAUACAGUAGAUUUAAGUAAAGAUAUAAGUAAGUUAAAUUCUAGAAUAGAGUCAGGUAUCAAUGUAAUAUCUGUUCAGUAGUAUUACUUAUAUACUAUAUACUAUGAUUUCUUCACAAUGAAUUUCAUUAGAAUGGGUGAAAAUAAUACUUUUAGAAUCAGCUAUAAGCAAUUCUCAAAGAGAGUUUAAGUGAAACCUGAAUUCAUCUUUGUUAUAAUAGCACAUCAAGACGAAUAUGAGCAUAUGGAUCCUGCUUUGCUUAAUAGAUUUGAAAAAUAUAUAAUAAAUUUAAAAGACUUGUUAAGUGAAGCUGACAGAAAGCUACUGGUUGAGCUUAAAAAAGAAAUAAGAUAACUAGAGAAUAUCUAAUCAAAUAUGAAAUUAUUUACUUUUUCUUCUGAGAGUGAGCUAUACAGCUUAGUUAUACAGUAAAAGCACAAUGAAGAAAAUUAUGAAUGUUUAAAAUAAAAGUGUUUGAACAAGCUAGGAGAUUUGACAUAUAGAACUUACAUUUUCCAUAAUAAAAACAAUGAGAACAAUGUUCAAUACAAAGAUUGGUUAAAUAGAUCAUAUCUAGAUAAUUUAUUAAGCUAUUUAGAAUAUUAGAAGUAGCAAAUUAAUUAAAAAUAAGAAUCUUUUAAAAGCAUUAUUUAUACAACCUCCUUUAUGCAUGAUAAAUACAAAUAACAGAUCGAUCUAAAGGGAUUCAAUUCUAAAAUAAUAAGCAUUAAAAUUUAUCCUACUAAAGAUUUAUUUAUCUAACAACUAGAAGAAUUUUACAAUAAAGGAGAUGAAGAUUUACUUAUAAUAGGUGUUGAUCAAAUAUAUGAAUCGUAUAAGAACUUAUGCUACUUGCAGUAUGAGCUAUAAUAUUAUCACUCUUUAUACCAACAACAAAACAAAAAGAAACUUAAAAACUUAAUUUUAACUAUUCAGCUAUCUUCUUUAAAUGUCAAUGGAUUGGCGUUUUGUGAAAAUUGGAACCAAGUUUAAAUUGAAAAUCUUCUACCAUAUGUCUAUACAGUUCCUGUGAAUUUAUCUCAUAAAAUACUAGAAAAAGCUAACUAAAAGUUAAAUUAUCGUUAUCUAGUUAACAACAACAUUAUAACAAUCCUAACAGAUAAAUAUGAUAGGGAUAUUUUCUUAUAUUUUAUCUCUACACCAGGUUUUUUUACAAGCUUAAUGACAAGCAUUUAAAUUAAUGAUAGCCAAAAUACAAAUGAGAGUAAUGAAACCAAAUAUACAUACUUAAAUAGUAGAAUUAACUAUUUUAAAAAACUUAUUUCAUUUUAUAAUGGCAUUCAAAGUGAAUAUUAAAUCUAAUUACUUAAAUUAUUUUAUGAACAGUUUGAUAAAAAGAUAAGGAUAGAUUAAAAUUACGACGUUCAUUGGUCAAAAAAUAUUUAAUUUCCAAAUGUUGUCUACAAAAAAGAAGGAAACAAUAAAAAAAUAAAUAAGACUCAAUAAAUUCCAAUCAUAAACUUUGAAAAAAUUCUUAUUAAUCAUCUAAUAAGUUAUUUCGUUGAUUAGCUAUCUGAAAUAGUAGUUAUUAUGGAAAAAAAUAAUUUUAUUGUAGAGGAUUUAAUUAUAGAAAAUGAAAUAAAUGUAGAGUAAAGAAAAAAUUAGAUAGAAAUGAUAAAACAAUAUUUUAAUUUCGAGUACAAUCAACCAGUUAUAAAAAUAUUAUAAAAAAUACCUGAACCUUUCAAAUUAAUAUAAUCAAGAUAAAUGUAUAAUUAAUUAGAAGAAAACAAGUUUCGCAUGUAGUAUUUAGAAUUAAAUAAUAUUAAAAAAGACAUGGCAUACUUGCUUUUAUAUAUUGAAGAUUUUUCAAGAAUUAAAAGAUUCUUACCCGAUUAGAUAAAAGAAAUUCUAAUCAUGCUAGUUAAAUAGAAUAAAUUAUAAUCAUAUUAAAGUAUUCAUUAAUUCUGUUGGGAUUAUGAAGAUAUUUUAACUGAAAAAGCUGAACUUUUCAAAUGUUUAAAAAUUGAUGGUUUUAUAUAAAAGCUCACUUAAUUUAUAAUAAGCAAUAAUAUAAACAAAUAAUAAUUGAACACAUUCUAUCAAGAUACUUCAUUCUAAUUCGUAGCUAAUUAACCAUUAAUGAAAGAUGUUAAAAAAUUUACUUAAUAAGUUAAUAUUUUCAUAAAGUUUUUCUCUUAUGACAAUAUUGAUUCCUAAAUAUUAAUUUAUCUCCAAAAAUUAAGAGAGAUUAUACCAAUUUAAUUUCAGCAUAUAUAUUAGGAAAUUUCAGGAGAAAUUCUUCAAUAUAAAUCCCUUGGAUUUAUAGAAUUAUAAAAAAAUGUUUAGAUAGAGGAGCUUUCUUAAAUAGAAUAAUUAAAAUUUUCAAUUAAGUUUAACAAAAUUCAUUUAAAUGCUAAUUUCAUCAAUGGUGAAGAAAAAUAAAUUUUUAUAUAGAAUUUCUUAAACUAAACUUUUACAUAUUUACAACAAGUUUAACAAAACUCUCAAAACUAUGCUAUUGAUUCUUAAAUUACAAGUAUAAUAAAAUAAGGAGUUAGUAUUAUUGUUGUUUAGUUUAUCUAAGAAAAUAAAGAUGUGCUUUUAAUUAAGUUAAUGUAAGAGUUAUAACCAAAUUAAUAAAAUGCAUCUAAUAUUUCUAGCAUCUUAAGAUAAUUUUUUGAUUAAAUUAAAAUGCCUAUCUCCUCUCCUCUCUCAAUUAUUUUUGUGGAAACACUAUAUAAUGAACUUAUAGCUUUAUACAAAAACCCUAUAUUAUAAACAUUGAAUUUUGUUAGUAUUUAUCAAGCCUUCAAAGAUUCUAGAAAAGAUCAUGCUAAUCUUAGUUAGUUAAUUGCUAUUUCUUGUCUAAAAAUCCUUUCUUCAUAUUUAAUAGAUCCAAUAAAAUAGACUAUGUAGAAUGGCACUUUAGAAUUCUAAAUUUAAAAUAAAUCAUUUUUAGAUAUUUUGACUUUAAUGUCAGAUUCGUUUGAUGCUUAGGAUCCAUAAAACAAUAUUUUUCAUAAUCAUAUAAUAUUAUAAAUAAUAGAUUCUUUACCUAUUUCCAUAGUAGAAUAUUCAAAAAAACUAGAUGAUAAUAAGUAGAAUUAAAAUUAGUUAGGUUUCAUUUAUAAAUUUAUAUCCAAAUAUGAAGAUUACUAUGCUAAACUAUAAAAAUUACUUCGUGAUAAAGAAAGCUACACUACUAUAUUUAAGAUAAACAAUAAUGAAUAUAAACCUUAAGAAAAACCAAAAUUAUUGAAUAUCUUAAACUUAAACAACAAUAAUUUAAAAAGAAUUUAAUUUAUUUAUCCAAUAAUAAGUCUAAUAAAAAUCAUUUACGAGAAAUAUGCUUAUGAAUUUAAUGAAAAUGAUUUAAAAGAAAUAGAUUUAUCCUAUAUAUUUUAAAAUAGCUUAGAAAUAAACGAAAAUUAACUUCUAAAUUCUAAGAUUGCAAUAGAAAAGUUAUUAGAUUAAAAUGAUGAUGAUGAUGAUGUAAACCAAUUAAAACUUUUUGAAUUGAUAUGCCCUCAAAAAGACUAGAAUAAAAGUAGAAUCUUUUAAGAGAUUAAGAAUUUAAUAAAUAUUUAGAAUGAAGCGAUAAAUCAAAUUUCAAGUUCACAAGAAAAAUUUAUUUUUGAUACAACCUAAUCUGAUUUUAUUGAAAUAAAAUCUGACUUAUUUGAUAAAAAACAUAUUUAUUUUUUUUCAGAUGGCGAAGGAAAAGUAAACUAUGAAGAACUAUAAGAUUAUUACUAAAAUGAAUUUUUAGAAUUUAAACCAAAGAUAUUAGGAUUAGAUAAAGUUGACUAUAAAGUCAAACAAUAAUUUUACUCAUUAGACUUGAUAUACCAUAAUUUAUAAAUUCCUCAAAAAGAACUAACUUUGGAUAAAAUUUAUAAUUUAGAAAAUUUAAAUAUUGACACAGAGUCAUGUAUUGAAAUAAGAAAUAUUCUGAUUAAACUUAAUUAAAUGCUGAAGGUUAAAGGUAAUAAAGUUGGCGAUUCUGAAGUAUUAAUAACAAAGCUACUUCAAACAAAUAAUAUAAAAGAAGAAUUAGAUAAUAAAAUAAUUUAACUUCUUGACAAUUUCACUUGCAACUAUCUCUGUUCUUUAAUUUAGUAUUUUGAAAAUAAAAUAAUGGACUAUCUUAUAAGCUUAUUGAUUACGAGGAAGUAUAUUGGUGAAUAAAUUUAAUAAGAAUCAGACUUAAAUAAACUUAUUUAACUAAUCUAAUAAAAUUAAAUAUAGAUAAAUAGUUUCAAAAAUUUGAUCGGAAGAUUUAUUAUAAGGUUGAACAAAAACUUUAGGGUUGGUUCAUUGCAAAACAAUCUAUUUUAAAACAUAUUUGACUCAAAGUAUUAAAAGGAGUUUUUUUCAUCAAUUGAGUCACCAUUAUGCAGUAUUAAAUUAUAAUAGGAGUUUAAGAAAUUUUUAUUUACAAAUGAAGACUCUUAUAUAAUUUAUCAAAGAUUAUUAAUCUUAAUUGAAUUAGAUAAAAAAUAAUAAUAAUAAGAAUUAUAAAAUUUAAAAUUAGAAUAAAAUAAAAAUAAAAAUAAUCAAAACGCAAUAAAACUAUUGAUAGAUGAAAAAUGUUAAGACAUGCAGUAAAAUAUAGAUUAAGAUGUAUAAGAUAAUAGCUAGUAUAACGAAGAUUAAUCAUUUUUAGAUGUUGUGUGA